CUAAAGGUGAAGGUCAGGAUGGGGAUGGGAACAAGGUGUCGAGUGAGUCGGAGGCUGCCACGCCCACCCCGAAGACGCCCAAGAGCGCGCGUGUGGAUGACCGCAGGUUCUUCGGAGAGAACUUCAACCUUGACCUCGCCACCACCAGUCUAUCCGCGACGGGCGCCAAAGUUUUCGACCAGGCAACUGUGGCCUUCCAGAACAAGUACUCGGAAAUUUUCCCCACCAAGACCUGCCUACAGCUCAAGAUCCGCGAGGUGCGGCAGAAGAUGAUGGCCUCGGUGCAGAACACUCCGAAGACUCCGACCACACCGUCUGCUGCCUCCUCCUCCUCAUCCUCAUCGGAGGCACAAGAAUCCUCCAAGACCUCCCAGCCCCCCUCCUCCUCCUCCUCCUCGACUUCGACGUUACAGUCGGUCAUGUCAUCCUCCGGUCUGUCUGCGGGUCAGAUGGGCUCCACACUGACGGUACCCAUGGCGGGCCAGGGUUCGACCACCUUGCUGGCCCACGGUGUAGGCCCGCGACGUACUUCACCCAUGGCCAAGUCUCCUUUGGCCUUCAACAGUGUGCAGUGAGGCGGAGCGGGUGCCUGUUGUCUGCAGGUUUUUGUAAAACGGUGCCCACCUUUGCCAACAGUUAAAGACAGAGCCUGUAGUUGAAGAUGCUGCUCUUUGACAACAGAGUUGGAAAUCAGAACCGACUGUCUUGAAAGAGGAGCUCUUGACCGACAGUUAAAGACGGUGCACACCUUCACCCACAGCGU